UUCAUUCGCGCAUGAUGCAUCGGCCGAUGUUCUACGGAUGUGUUUUGUAUCUGCAACGAGAUUAUAUGGGAGUGUGCUAUCGUGAUCGUGUUCAAUUCAUACCGCUUUAAUUUAAACUCGGGUGAUUUUAGUUAUUAUUUUGUUCAUGGUGUGUGAAGUUUUCAUUUGAUCAUGGCUUUGGAAGGUGUGAAAAGUGAAAAAAGUGAUGAAAACAAUGCUUAUGUGCAGGAGACCAAAUCGAAUGGUGUAGACAACAGGACUAAACAGAUAGACCCAAACACAGCGUUUCUGCGCGCGGCGCGUGCGGGUCAGUUGGACACCGUGGUGGACUUACUGGAGUCGGGCGCGGUCAAAGAUAUUAACACAUGUAACUCGAAUGGAUUAAAUGCCCUACACCUUUCUGCAAAGGAUGGCCACAUCUCGGUUGUAGAGGAGUUGCUGAAACGCGGUGCCACCGUCGAUGCAGCUACAAAGAAAGGGAACACAGCACUUCACAUAGCAUGCCUCGCUGGGCAGGAAUCUGUCGCCAAAGCGUUGCUGGCAGCUGGUGCGAAAGCAGACGCACAAUCAGCGGCAGGCUUCACUCCACUGUACAUGGCAGCGCAGGAGAACCACGCCGGCUGCGUCAAGAUGCUCCUGGCUGCUGGGGCUAGUCAAACUCUGGCUACUGAAGAUGGUUUUACCCCACUAGCAGUGGCCAUGCAACAAGGACAUGAUAGAGUUGUCGCUGAGCUGCUUGAAUCGGACACGCGCGGUAAGGUGCGACUACCCGCACUUCACAUUGCUGCCAAGAAGAACGAUGUAAAGGCUGCCACACUCCUAUUGGAGAACGAACACAACCCGGACGCAUGCUCCAAGUCCGGGUUCACUCCGCUGCACAUCGCCGCGCACUACGGGAACGUCGGAGUGGCCAGGGCUCUGCUGGCAGCCGGAGCGGACGCGGGUCGCGCGGCCAAACACAACAUCACGCCGCUGCACGUGGCGUGCAAGUGGGGACAGCUGGCUAUGGUCGACCUGCUCGUGGAGAAUGGUGCUAACAUAGCGGCGGUGACUCGUGACGGCCUCACUCCGCUCCACUGCGCUGCCAGGUCCGGCCACAGCAACGUGGUGUCCAGACUCUUACAACAUGGUGCACCUAUCACUAGUAAAACUAAGAAUGGCCUGACACCGCUGCAUAUGUCGGUUCAGGGUGAACACGUGGAGACUGCUAAGGUGCUGCUGUUGGAGGGAGCGCCCAUUGAUGACGUCACGGUCGACUACCUCACAGCGCUGCAUGUCGCCGCACACUGCGGUCACGUCAAGGUAGCCAAGUUGUUACUAGACAGGAACGCAGACGCAAACGCACGAGCUUUGAACGGCUUCACACCGCUACACAUUGCUUGCAAGAAGAACAGGCUCAAAGUGGUGGAACUGUUGCUCAAAUAUGGUGCUAGCAAGUCGUCGACGACGGAGUCGGGCCUGACGCCGUUGCACGUGGCGUCGUUCAUGGGCUGCAUGAACAUCGCGCUGGUGCUGGUGGGGGGCGGGGCCGACGCCGACGCGGCCACGGCGCGGGGUGAGACGCCGCUGCACCUGGCGGCCCGCGCGCACCAGACAGACCUGGUGCGGGUGCUGCUGCGGAACAACGCUAAGGUGGAAGCUCGCGCCCGAGACGAACAAACUCCUCUCCACGUUGCCGCGCGACUCGGUCACGCUGAUAUUGCUGCUCUGUUGCUGCAACAUGGCGCCGAUGUUGCCGCCACAACCAAGGACAAGUAUUCACCGCUACAUAUUGCUGCUAAAGAGGGGAAAGAAGAGGUAGCAUCUAUACUGCUCGACUACAACGCGCCUAUCGAAGCGGAGACUCGGAAAGGUUUCACCCCCCUGCACCUGGCCGCCAAGUACGGAGACAUGGGCGUGGCCCGUCUGCUGCUGGCCAGGGGCGCGCAACCCGGCCCGCCGGGCUGCGGCCACGUCACGCCGCUCCACAUGGCCACGUACUACGGACAUCCCGACAUCGCGCUGCUGUUGCUGGACAGAGGUGCGUCUCCACACUCAUUGGCUAAGAACGGCCACUCAGCGCUGCACAUCGCUUGUAGAAACAACCACCCUGAUAUUGCCUUUGCGUUGCUCGAACAUGAUGCGGACCCCAGUGUCAAAUCUAAGGCUGGGUUCACACCGCUGCACAUGGCGGCGCAGGAAGGUCACGAGGACUGCGUAGAGAUGCUCAUCGAAAGGGGAUCUGACGUCAAUGUGCCCGCCAACAAUGGGCUGACCCCCGUCCACCUGGCCGCCGCGGAAGGUCGUACUGCCGUUCUGAAGUCCCUGCUGGCGGCGGGCGGCCGCUGCGGCUCCAAGACGCGCGACGGAUACACGCCGCUGCACGCCGCCGCGCACCACGGACACGUGGCGGCCGCGCGCGCGCUCCUAGAGGCGGGCGCCGACGUCACCGCCACGGCCGCGCACACGUUCACACCGCUACACCAAGCCGCGCAACAAGGCCAUACCCUGAUCAUCCAACUGCUGCUUAAAAAUAACGCAGAUCCGAAUGCGCUGUCUUCUAGUGGUCAGACAGCGUGUGCGAUAGCUGAUCGCCUGGGGUACAUAAGUGCAGUAGAAGCGCUCAGACCAGUCACAGAGAAUACUUUGAGCCAAGCCGUCGGCGAUUCUGGUGGUGCGGAAGGAAAAUACAGAGUGGCCGCUCCUGAGCUCAUGCAGGACACCUUCAUGAGUGACUCAGAGGACGAAGGAGGAGAAGUGGAGUGUCCGAUCCAACAGCAGCAACAAUACCGCUACAUGAACAGCGAGGCCGGCACUCUGAACAGGGCCAAGCCCUUGGAGGACAGUGUGACAGACGGACACCUCUGGCCCAGCAACAAUGAUAGUAAGGUGGCCACCAUGGAGCGACAACCAGUCGACAUUGGGUUCCUGGUGUCAUUCGUGGUGGACGCGCGCGGCGGCGCCAUGAAGGCCAAGCGGCGCGGCGGUGUACGGGUCAUCGUGCCUGCGGCCGCCUGUGCAGCUCCCACGCGGCUCACGUGCAGAGCGGCCACACGACGUGCUCCUGCCGCGGCGCCUCCGCCCCUCAUGGAGGGCGAAGCGCUGGCUUCCAGAUUGCUAGAAUUGCAGCCUCAGGGAGCUAAGUUCUUGGCUCCAGUUAUAAUCGAGGUGCCGAUAUUCACCGCGUCGUGCCCAGAACGAGAGAUCGUGAUACUGCGCUCCGACUCGGGCGAAACGUGGCAAGACCAUUACCUGCACAACAAUGACAACCCUAUGAUACAGGAGGCACUAUAUCGUGAGCGCCAGGAGCACGGGCCGACCGGAGAGUCGUUAGGGGAGAAUGGGGAGAGAGUGACCCGCAUCAUCACGUGCGACUUCCCGCACUACCUGGCCGUGGUGUCUCGGAUCAGGCAGGAGGUCCACAUCAUUGGACCCGAGGGCGGAACCAUAUCUUCUGCACAUAUACCGCAAGUCCAGGCGUUGUUCCCGCCGGACGCGCUCACCAAGAGGAUCCGUGUGGGGCUGCAGGCGCACGGGGCGCCCCCGGAGCUGUGCCGGCGCCUGCUGCCGCGGCACGCUGCCGUGUCGGCCGUGCUCACGGUGGAGCCUCGCCGCAGGAAGUUCCACCGGACCAUCACACUCACGGCGCCCCUGCCGCGCGCCGCAGACCAGAAGGUGACCGACAAGAGCUCUACAUCCAGCCUGCGCCUGCUGUGCUCCAUCAUGGGCGGCCAAGCGCGCGCCGUCUGGGAGGAUGUCACCGGCUCCACUCCGCUCACCAUCACGUCAGAUUGCGCCUCCUUCACCACUACUGUUUCAGCCAGAUUCUGGCUGAUGAAUUAUCAGAAUGUAAGCGACGCGACAAAACUGGCAACAGAAUUGUACAGAGAAAUGUUGAUAGUCCCGUUCGACGUUCGCAUCGUAGUGUUGGGCAAGCGACUGGACGCACUGGAGGGGAGGUUACUAGUGAUGUACAUUACUGACAGAUACGCUUACGAUACACUGCUCAGGCAGGAACACUACACCGAGGUAGCACACUCGACAGCGGUUAGAUUUCUUGACGGCAAAGAGAUCCAUCUUGAAUUCUCCGGUAACCUUGUGCCAGUCACCAAGUCGGGAAGCCAACCUGCCUUCAAAUUUGAGGCCUUCAAAGACAACAGAGUGGAGUUUACGGUCCGUGUGAAACAUCACGAGGAGAGUCCGUCUGGGAGGAUAUACUUUAUGAACGAACCCAAGGUGGCUAAGGGUGAACAGUCUCAGAGUCCAGUGUGUGUAUUAGACGUAGAACUGCCGCAAAGCAUCGCGCCACGUGCCGGCAAGAGUCACGCCGACUGUCUGAACCUGGAUCAAUCAGGUUUCGAUGCAUUGAACGACGAGUUGAGCUUCCACUGGGGUGACCACAACAACAGUGGGCCCCCGUCGCUCCACACACAUCAUGAAAAGUCAGCCAUCACCAACGGACACGACAAAACCAUUGUGAAUGGUAAUGUGAAAUUCAAUUCCAAGGAUACAGUCGAUACGGAUAAAUCACAAGUAAACGGUGACACAUUAAAUUUUGACUCCAACAAAGUUAAGGCCACCUUCGAUUCAGACGAAGAUAAAACUCCAAUGAAUACUUUGGAAAAGGGCAAGAAAAAACCUGAGGGUGGAUUUUUGGGCGGCCUUGCUGGAAAAGUAAAGAAUGUAUUUAGUAGCAGUGAGGAAAACGAUGACAGUAGGGAAUCUUCACCGAUGCCUCAGCCUAAACCCCGAGAAUCUAAGGAUAAAUCUCCUCCGAAGCCAGCACCGAGAAUUAUCAAUGAAGAUUUACUCGAAAAAGUUGACGAUAUGUUCAAAGACUUAAAGGAAAAGCCACACACAAAGGAAGAUGAAGAUGUCCACAGUAAGGUGUAUUUAACAAAACUAAUUGUUGAUGAAGACCAUCCCGAUUUAAAAGAGAAAACUGAAGAGUUAUACCAUCAAUACGAACAUAUGCAACCCGUAGAAACGCCGUUACAUUGCAAAAUAUCAGAUCCUUUCCAAUUAUACACAGGUUGUUGUGAACACAGAUAUAAAAAAGGCGAAAAACAUCGACACGAUGAGACUUCUAAUUUGAAUGAUAUAAUAGAACAAGUAAAAUUUACCACUAACGAAACUAUUCAAGAAAUAUCAGAACGACCACAAAAUGCUUAUAAAGACGAAUCAGAUAAAUUAGAAAAGGAGAAAGACAUCUCACAUCAAAAAUCAUUGAAAAUACUCGAUAACGCAACGGUUAUUGAAAAUAAUAUCAAAGAUGAUAUCGUCAUCGAAAUAUCGAAUCAAGCUGAUUCGGAUGAUAUUGUGGCAGAUAUUAAAUCGCAAGCUGAAGCCGAACUUGAUCAUAUUCAGUCUGCCGCACAAGAUAUAGUAAGUAAUUUAUUGAAAUCGAACAUAAAUAACGUUGACCACAAGGUGCUCGUGAUGGACUUUUUAGCAGCUGAACAAGCUGAAGCCUCCAAAACAUUUGAUGGCAAGGAUACCAGAAAAAACCUGGAAAACACCGUUCUUCACGUGCAAGGUGAUGUAUCUCAAAAGGCCAAUGAGAAAGUUUCUGAACUAAAAGAAGGAGUAAGUAAUAUAGCAAAUGGCCUAAAAAAUAAUAUCAAAGCUAAAGUUGAAGAUGUUGAGGUAGCAAUGAAUGAAAAAGAAAAUGAUCUCAGUUAUUCGAUUGAACAAAGUAAAGGUAAACUAGGAAAAGGAUCGGACAACAUUAAAUCAAAAGUAAAAGAAGGAAAAGUUGAAGGUAAGAAAAAGUCUAAAGAGGGAAAAAAUUUUUUCACAGGACUUGUUCAUAAUAUAUUCGGCGAUAAAGAUAAAGUCGAUGAAGUUGUUAAAGAUAAAGUUUCCGAAGGAAAAAAGUCUGGUAACAAAUUGUCUAAGCAACUAUCUUCAGCUAAAGAUAGCACUGAAGAAAAUUUAACUAAACAGAAAGAAGUUUGUGUUAGCUUUCUUGAUAGUGAAAAUCAAAAAUUACAAAGUCACACGAAAGAUGUUGUUGACGAAGCUAAUAAAUUACUACAAAACGCAAAAGACACCAGCGUGGAAGUUCAGCAAACUGCACAAAAUAAAUCUAAUCAAAUAUUGCAAGAUGUUGAAAAUAAAAAGAUUGAAAUGGCAGAACAACUGCAAAAAACAAAAGACAAUGCAGUACAAAGUAUAGAGAAUAACACAAUUAAUUUGCUGAAUGAAGUAGAGGAUGAAGAAGAACAUUUUGCACAAAACGUUCAUAAACAAGCACAAAAAUUAAUAGCUGAUGUUGAAUCUACGAGUAAAGAGGUGACGGAAAACAUCCUAAACGCAAAAGAUAAUAUUGAACAUUCUUUAGAAAACAAACACAUUCAAGUUUCUGUUGAUGCUCAGCGCAUGGAAGACCAAGUUAAUGACACUGAGAAUACGUUACACGAAGAGGCUAAAAAUAUGACUCAAAAUAUUCUAAACAAUAAAGAAAAUAUCUUACAUAAUGUCUUAAAUACUAAGGAAAACGCUGAAAAUGAGGCCCUACAGAAUACUGAACAAAUUGUACGAGAUAUAAAAUAUAAGCGCGAUGAGGCCAUACAAAGUGCACAAAACAAGAGAGAUGAAUUAGUUAAUAGCUUAGAAACUACACAAGAAGUAUUGUCGUCUGAAAUUACUAACAAAGCUGAUGAAGCGACAAAAGCUCUAGAAGAUACUAAAUUAGUAGUGGAGAAAGUUUUAGAGAGUAAGAAUGUUGAUUUCCAGGAAACCAGAGACCUAGUUGUAAAUGCAGCUACUGAUCAUAUGGAUAGAAUUCGGCAAGAGGCUGAAAUUGCAACUGAUGAAAUCAAAAAAGAAGCAGAGAAGUCUUUAAAUAUAAUGGCUAUAAAAAAGGCUGAAAUACAAGAUUCUGUUACGGACAAAGUUGUUAGCCUGGGAGAAGUUGGAAUGGAAAAAAUUGACAAAAUUAAAAAAACUGCAUUUGAAACGACGGAUGAUGCUAAAGAUACAGCAAAGCAUGCAUACGAUCACACUAAAGAAUCGUCCUUGAACGCUUUCGAUACACUCGAAACCGCUGCUAAGGACAAAGUGACCGAUGCUAAAAAUACGUGGAGUGAUCUGCACAGUAGCGCGCGUGAUACAUAUGCAGAUAUGACAGAUGACGUACAUUGCUUAGAAAGUGGAGCUCAAGACACGCUUCAGAGCUUCCAGAGUUCUGCUGGAAACACUUUCGACAGUUUAGAAGACUCCACGCGGGAAGUUGUUGAUGGUGUUGAAACGACAAUAACUAAAGUUGAUGCUCAUACAAAGGAACUAUUUGGUGCGGCCAAAGAUUCAUUUGAAGGAUUCAGCGUUACAGCUGAAAAUAAACUAGAGGAUAUCAAACUGGGUACAAGUGACAAGAUAGAUGAAGCGGGUGACAGGCUUGAUAAGGCAAGGAUCGUUAUUAGUGAGUGUGCUAACGCGACGACAAAAAAUAUAGAGGAAGGAGUGUCGAGAGAAGCGGAUAAGUUUGCGAGCAAUCUGAACGAUUUGGGCAAUUCCGUGUUUGGAAUAUCAGGCAAAGGUUUUAUCAAAGAUUCUAGUUCUAAAUUGCUUGAAUCGGAAAAAUCACAAUCGUCACCACACAAAAAAGGCUCGGGAAUACCGAAACUGAAGAAAAAGAAGAAAUAAUCAUCGAACGAGACGAGCGGCCGACCGAUGUAUGAUAAUAAUAUAUUAUGUCUAGAUGUUAUAUUAAUUUGUUUGUUGUUAUUGAUUCUUGUUUGAUUAACAGAUUUAUUUUAUGUUAAUAUAAAUCAUUUUUACAACUCAAAUAUUUAAUUACCCAUUUAACUUAUUAAUCAAUGACAAAUUAAUUUAUGUAUAGCAAAUAGAUCUGUUAAUCGAUUUUAUUUUUGCGUCGUAUCCAUUGCAUGUCGAUCAUAGUACGGAUACGACCUGUACAUACAGAAAUGUAUGAUUAUGGUCUAGUUUUUGUUCUUUAAUGUUAUUAAAGAGAUUACUGAGUAUCACGGGAGUAAAUAAUACUCAGAGGCAUAAAUCAAACUUUUAAUUUUUCUUUAUGCAUAAGGUUUCUCUUUUAUAUAAAAGAGGAUAGUGAUAGUAAUACAACAUUACAGCAACACAAAUCCUAUAAUAUGUUAUUUACAAUUUAACAUGAAGCAUUAAGUGUCUCUUCGCAUCGAAUCUGAACCAACUUGCCAACACAGCUCUAUAAAUAAAAUAUUGUAUUAAAGAUUUUACCUCUGGGAUAUAUUUACUGGCGUGCUAAUUUAUUAAAUAGUCAUCUGAAAUGUACAAACAAGUACAAUCGUAUAUUUAUUCAAAAUAUAUUUAAUACGUGAUUUCAUAGAAAUUGCUGAUUUUUAACUUAUUAUAAAUAGUGUUUUAUUACAUAUUGACGUUUUUAUUUUAUACAGUUUUAUAAAAUCUUUGAUCUUGCCUGAAUCAUUCUAAUCAAAGUUCCCUUAUUUUUACUUUACAUAAUAUAUUAGACGGCUUAGAACAAUUAUUUUGCAUUAUUUAACGAAUGCGACGCAUAUCUUUUUCGUUGCCUAAUUUAUUAUAUUAUAUAUAUUAUUGUGUUUUAUUAUAAAGUUUACAUUGCUUGUGCAGUAUUUAACAGGAAUUGUUUGUAUAACUUUAAGGGUAAACUUCAUUACUGCCCAUAACAUUAUAAAUAUAUUUUAUAAGGUUAUAAAACAAAAUUAUGGUUUUAAUAAAAUAGGUAUUUGAAUAUUGUUACAACUUGCAAUAUUCCAUGGUGAAUUCCAUGUGUACAAAAUCGAUUUAUCAGGUGUUAUUGGAAAAUAAUUUAAUGUUCCGAGUUAGGACAGUAAUGGGUCUGUUUACCCUAACUACUAGUUUUGCUAACCAUUUAAUAAAUUUGCGAAUUGGGUAAUAUUUCUCUAUUAUCUCAAGUUUAAUGUUUUAAGCAAAAUUGGUAGACAGUGUAUGACGCGCAGUCGUAGUAUUUUAGAUCUGCUAGGUUAUUUUUUAUAUUUUAAAUACUUUUGUCCUAUUUUAUGUUUCAGUAACAAUUAAAAGUUAUAUGUAUAUUGUAUGUCACAAAUGAUACAUAAUUAUUACGAUAUUUUAUUUGGAAAUAAAUGUAAAGAACAAUUUA